AUGUUCGCCCAGAACCUGAUCACUAUUCUCGCCGCUGCGGCUGUUGCCAUGGCUCUGCCAACCGCGACUACCACCUCGAGCCCUGACAAGACAACCACCCUCACUGGUGUUACCCACCCUGUCGUCGCUGGUCGUGGAGGCGCCCUCCUCUUCGACCCAGAAAACGUCGUGGCUGAGGUGGGAGAUGUCGUUGAGUGGCAUUUCCUCCCGAAGAACCACUCCGUCGCCCAGUCAUCCUUCGGCCAGCCCUGCGUCCCGGACGCCUCCCUCGCCCAGCCGUUCUUCAGCGGCUUCCAGCCCACCGGCGACGCCGUGCAGGCCCCCAACGUCUUCCAGAUCGUCGUCAAGGACAAGAACCCCAUCUGGUACUACUGUGCCCAGACUACCGGCAACCACUGUCAGAACGGCAUGACCGGCGUGAUCAACCAGAACUUUGACUCGCCCAACACCCUGGCUGCCCACAAGGCUCUGGCCGCUGGCACGGGUACUUCUGUCAUCCCCCCUGUUGUCCAAGGAGGCUCUGUUAUUCCCAACCCAAACCCCAACGGUGGAUUCUAA